AAGGGGAAAAUUUUUCUCUAAAUUCCUAAACCCUAAUCGCGAUCAAUUAAACACUGAAUUUCCAUUCAGCUAUCAUAUACGGUGGCAACUUUAUUUAUACAAGCAAAGGCGAUUACUACAAGCAGUUUUAUGCGAUUUCUCAAUUUUCUGCGCAUCAGUAGAAAUUUGGCGCUGUGAAUAUGGACAUUGAGCAACAGCAAGCGGAGCACAUUGACUACUUCUUGAAGAAGGCAUCGAUUCUGCAGGGCUCGGCGCUAUCGAGCCUCAUCGUAGAGGCAACUUCCCAUCCUUCCCUCUUUGCCUUUUCCGAGAUUCUCGCCGCCCCUAACGUCAUAGAGCUAGAAGGGACUGAGAAUAGCGCCUUCCUUGACGUGCUUCGCAUGUUUGCAUAUGGUACAUGGAGUGAAUAUAAGAUUACUGCAAGUCGUCUUCCACAAUUGAAACCUGAUCAAGUCCUCAAAUUGAAGCAGCUGACUGUACUUACUCUGGCGGAGACUAACAAGGUAUUGCCAUAUGAUACGUUGAUGCAGGAGUUGGACGUUGCCAAUGUUCGCCAGUUAGAAGACUUUCUCAUUAACGACUGUAUGUAUGUGGGCAUAGUCAGAGGAAAGCUGGAUCAGUUGAGAAGAUGCUUUGAGGUGCAAUUUGCAGCAGGCAGGGAUCUUAGACCUGGACAAUUGGGUGGGAUGAUCCAAACAUUAUCAAACUGGCUGUCUACGUCAGAAAAUCUUCUGGUUUCAAUUCAAGAGAAGAUAAAAUGGGGAGAUGCUAUGAGUGAGAUAGACAAGAAGCACGCAAAGGAAGUAGAAGAGCGUGCUGAGGAAGUGAAGAAAACACUAUCUUUAAGGAAGUUACCCAUUGUAAGCAGGCCGACAUUGACUUCCGAGGGCAUGAAGAGAUCUUUUCUGAACAUGGUGGAGUGAUGGACUUCGAGGAAGAUCGUAGCCGCCCGAAGAGGAGACGACAUCCGAUAGGUUGAGGUGGUAUGGUUAAUGGCUAUCCCAGGCUGAAUUGGUCACAUGCCCUGCCAGUUUUUGGAUACAUGGCAUUUUGAUGAACGACAUUCCUGCUCCAUUUAUAAUGGGCCAAAUAUAGACUCCAAAAUUUACAGUGUUAGCUCCUAUCGCCUCAGCGAAUUUUCUGUUUAUAUAAUGAGAUGCAGUUCUAGUUUUGUCAUGCGGCUGAAAACUUAUAUCGGUUUUUGUACUCAACAAACCUAUGAAAAUAGUUUGACUUUCGAGAUGCUGCUCAGGUGAAUCGAUUUAGUGUGUUCAUCUCUGUAUUUGAUACCCCCCUCCAAAAUUAAUAAUGUUUAGUUUUUAA